AUGACUAUCACAAUCACCGUUGAGAAGGAUGGCUACUAUGAGGUGAACGGCAUGAGACAGGAACCCUCUGUCUCCCUCUACGUUAUCCCUGCGGCAUCCAAGCUACGACGGAUGCUCAAGGACACCAAAGAUAUGAUCGUGUGUCCCGGCGUCUACGAUGGCCUUUCGGCUCGCAUUGCGAUGGAGCUGGGCUUCAAGGGAAUGUACAUGACCGGAGCUGGAACUACAGCAUCUCGACUCGGAAUGGCCGAUCUUGGACUUGCUCAACUUCACGACAUGAAAACCAAUGCGGAGAUGAUUGCCAAUCUCGACCCAUUUGGAGCUCCCCUAAUUGCAGACAUGGACACAGGCUAUGGAGGCCCAUUGAUGGUAGCCAAGGCAGUUCAGCAAUACAUCCAAGCAGGUGUUGCAGGUUUCCACAUCGAGGACCAGAUCUCAAACAAGCGUUGUGGCCAUCUUGCCGGCAAGCGGGUAGUUUCCGUGGAUGAGUACCUGCAAAGAAUUCGGGCCGCGAAGUUGACCAAGGACCGCCUGCAUUCUGAUAUUGUCCUCAUUGCCCGAACCGACGCCCUACAACAACACGGAUAUGACGAGUGUAUUGUUCGUCUCAAGGCAGCCCGCGAUAUCGGCGCCGAUGUGGGUCUACUCGAGGGGUUCACCACAAGGGAGCAAAUGCAUCAAGCUGUCCAGGAUCUUGCCCCGUGGCCACUUCUGCUCAAUAUGGUGGAAAACGGAGCGUCCCCCGUUGUCACGACCAAGGAGGCGGAGGAAAUGGGAUUCCGAAUCAUGAUUUUCUCCUUCGCGUCGAUCAUCCCUGCGUACAUGGGAAUCAGAGCAGCAUUCUUGCGUCUGAAGACUGAAGGAGUUGUCGGAACACCAGAAGGACUUGGACCAAAGAAAUUGUUCGAGGUUUGUGGAUUGAUGGAGUCCGUAAAGCUGGAUACUGAGGCUGGAGGCGAUGGUUUCGAGGACGGUGUCUAA